UACCGUCCAAGAGCGCCUCGUUUAGCCUGUAAUUUGCUCAAACACCAGCAAGCUCUCGUGCCAGAAACAUCCGUCAGAGCCGCGGAGCUCUGGCUUGUCGGAGUCUCGAGUACGCGCCAAACGGUCCUUGGGCUCCAGUUUCCGUCACGUUUUUCGUUUACCUUUUUUUUUUUCAAUCACGAGGAGCCUCUGCGUAUUCGAGCAAUCGCGUGACGCGCGGUGAACCUCGAUGGAGAGACGCGGUCGCGCGGUGCCAGUGAGUGACGCGAGAAUCGGCUGACUGUGUCGCGGUAUCGCGUGGGUGACGACAUCACCGCGACGCUCGGGGAUCAUCGUGGACUGGGUGAUCCCUAGGUGACAAUUCCGCACGGGCGAGGUGAACGAUGAGUAGCGGUGAUCGUAGUGCUGGGAACCGACUAGUGAUCCAGAGAUACGCGGCGAGAUCGUUGGACAUGGUGGUCUAUCAGUAAUCUCGAGAGGAGAGAAAGCUGGUACGAGAAAACGACACGACCGCGACGGUAUCCGAGACCAGGAGUUAUCAGUGUGUUCGAGAGUGAGUUCCGAGUGUUCGCGGGAGAUAACCUCGGCGCGUCGAGGUCGGCCUGGCUACAGAGGUCUCGGUCCGUCGAAGCAGGCCUGCGUCUAGGUGGUCGCAGGGAUGCGGCGGACUUGACUCGAGCCAACUGCGACAAGUCCGGUCCGUCCUGCCCAAUUGGGAGAAUCCGUGAGCCAAGCGUACGAUAAUCGUACGAUGAUGCCGCUCGCGCCGACGCCAAUCGUUCCGGUGCCCUCGAAGCCGAAGAUCGGCUUCAGCAUCGACUCGAUCGUCGGCGGCGGUGGACAGGGUCGCGAGGACCGAUUGGACCGGCUGGAACGCGUCGAGAUCGAGAGGGACGAUGGGAGCCCGAUGGACGUGGAAGGGUCCUCGUCGCCACGGAGUCGUCGGGUCACCGCGAGAUCGCCGGGUGCUCAUUCGGAGGGCUCCGACCGGCCCGUGUCGCGGAGCUCCUCCGUCGAGUCGUACCCCAACUCGCGGAGGACCCCCUCGCACCCUGGGAGCCUGCAUCAUCAUCACGCGAACCAUCACGGCCAUCAUCAUCACCUGUCCGCCGCGACGCACUUGGACUUUGGUCGGACGACCGUCCACAGCCACAGCGGCGGGUCCACUCCCAACAACAGCCCGAGUCCGCCUCACAGGAUAUCCCACGGCGACUCUCCCGUCGGUGCUCAUCCCCAGCCGCCGCCAGGAGUCGUCAGACCGAGUCCCAACUAUCUAGCGCCGCCACCAGGUGCGGCCACCGCGGCCGCAGUCGCCGCCGAACAGUUGAAGUCCCUCUAUGGGCUGCCUGGACACGGGCCCACCGGGCCCCAAACGGGCCAAAACGAGUAUCACACCCAACAGUUGGCCCUGGCUGCGAAUUUGGCCGCGGCCCAGCACUUCCAAGCGGCGAACCUCGCCGUGGCCCUUCAGGCGCACCACGGAGCGUCGCCGCAUGGCCCGCCGCACGGACCCUAUCCUCACGGCGGUGCAGCUCCAGGUGGACCUCAUCCUCCGCCUCAUCCUCAUCAACCACCCAGAGACAGUUACCCGCUCUACCCAUGGCUGCUCUCCAGGCACGGACGGAUCUUCCCUCACAGAUUUCCCGGAGGCCCAGACAUACCAGGGUUCCUCCUGCAGCCGUUCAGGAAACCGAAGAGAAUAAGGACAGCCUUCAGUCCCAGCCAAUUGCUGAAGCUCGAGCACGCAUUUGAGAAAAAUCACUACGUGGUCGGCGCUGAAAGGAAGCAGCUGGCGCAGGCGCUCUCGCUGACGGAAACACAGGUGAAGGUCUGGUUCCAAAAUCGUCGAACGAAGCACAAACGGAUGCAGCAGGAGGAGGAGGCGAAGGCGCAGCAGCAAUCGGGCGGCGGGGGCGGCGGGGGCGGCGGGGGGAACGGGAACAACAACGCGAACAACAAAAACACCCAUCACGUGAGCAAGUGGCAGCAGGAGACCGGUGACUAUCACCACGAGGAGGAGGAGGAGGAAGAGCACAUCGAUCCCGAGGCCGAAGAGUGUUCGAGCGGGUCCGAGGCGUAGCUAGACGUCCUCUGCCUGGACUAAGGCGUCAGGAGUUCCGUCUGACCGACGAGGAACGUCCUCGAGAACGUCUCACCAGCUCCUCCGGUCGAAUCCCGAAGGACUCUGGAGUCCAAGUGGAAUCACAACGAAAUUCGAGGAAUUUCCAGGUCGAACCCACGAGUAAAGACCUGGAAUCGUCGAUCGUUCCAAACGUGGACCUGGAAUUGAAUCACACGGGGAAAUGGGGCUGACACCCACGGGAGGACCGUUCGGGGAAGGUCCAGGAACCGAGUCGCGUCGGUGAGGCAAUUCCAGACUGGAAUUGCGAAGCAAUAUCGAGGCGGAUUUGUCGAGCAAUUUCAG